AUGCCUUCCAUUCAGAAGACUCUACUCCUCCUGGCCGCUUUCCAGGCCUUUACUGCUCUUGCAGCCCCUCUUCCUCAACUUGGUGGAGAAGGCGCCGCUUGUGGCUCCAUCCUGACCGAUACCGAUAACGCAGUUGGCUACACAGUCGAAGACGUCGAAGAUGGCGUCGCAAAUGUCGUCAGCAAGGUUACCCGUCGCCAAUUGGCUGGCGUAGGCUCUGCCUGCGACUCGAUUGUGAGUGACACCGACAAUGCUGUCGGAUACGGCAUCGAGAAUGCGGAGGACAACACUGCUGCCCUAAUCAGCGGAUCUUCUUCGAGCACCACUACCACUGGAGGCAGCGGCGCUGCUCCCCCUCCACCACCACCCAAGAAGGGUCCCAAGGCUAGACGCCAGCUUGACAAGAUUGCCAACGGUGCUGCCAACAUCCUUGAUGCUGCCCACCUAAACCAGCUCGGCAAUGUUGUUAUGACUGUGGGUGACAAUGUCGAUGGUGAACUCACCAGCGGUGCCGCCAAGCUCGGCGCUGAUGUUGGCUCUUUCGAGGAACAAACCCUCGAGGGUGUUGGCAAGGCCAUUCCCAGAAAGCGCCAGCUUGACAAGAUUGCCAACGGUGCAGCUAACAUCCUCAAUGCUGCCCACCUGAAUGACCUUGCCAACAUUGUCAAGACCGAUGGCGAUAACAUCGAUGGCCAACUCACUGGUGAUGCUGCCGAUAUUGGUGCCCAGGUUGGCGGUCUGGAGGAGGACACUCUUGAGGGCAUUGGCAGCGCUGUGGGUAAGGGGUUGUAG